AUGCCGUUCCAAACUAGAAAGCCAAAAAAGGAUGGACGAAAGAGGACAUACUCGUUGGUUUCCAACGCUACAAGCACACAGGCUGGUCCUGUCGUGAUCCCUAAGACUGUCGAAAACAGUGUACCUUCACAGGCCAAUGGCUCAGCCCUAAAUGCGCCUGCCGCCCCAGAGCAGAAACCCGCAGAGCCGAAGAAGGCGCCUAAUGUGUUUGAAUUCUUAGAAGAGGAUGACGAAUCGUCUUCAGACUCAUCAUCGUCAUCCUCAUCCUCAUCGGAGUCGGACUCCGACGAGGAGCCAGAGCCUCCGCGCCCUAUACAAACCACCACCACGAUCCAGUCUUCCAAGCCACGAGCAAAUACUGAGCCGCACGGAGCGUUGGUCUCAGGAGGAAACACAGCCCCGAAGAAAGUUGCUCAAUCAUCUCCAGUGGUAUCCAAAAGUCCACGUGAACUACGAAAGCCCGCAUCAACCCCCACACCUUCUACAGGCAAUCAGUUGGUAACCCGGAAGAGACAAACCACCACAAAGCCGAGCCCCAUCUCGACUGCAAGCAUCUCUCCAGAAAAAGGCCAACUAGAAUUGUCCCAGCCACACACCUACCAUGGCCCACCAAGAGAAAAUAGUGCUGUCCAUAGACCGCCACUACCACCCUCUCCGCCAAGAAGUCCAGAAGAUAGUAUUCACCGCACCACGCCGACAAGGAGACGAGACUCCAAUGCAACACUGGAGCCACGUGGGUACGGCCUUCUAGCUUCGCACUUAACCAAUUCCGCCUCACAAGAGAGCGGAAGCUUCCCUCCGCUAUACCGACGCUUCGAGACAAUCAACCACCGCGUUCUGCUCCACCUCCAAGACGAGAUCUCUCAGAUGGAAGAAGACCUCCACGCGCUAGACGAGUAUGAUGAAAUGUAUCGAGUCAGCGCAGCCGACCAGGAAGGCACAAAGCCUCUACCGGCCUCACGACGCCGGGACGCCCAAUCCCAAGCAUACUCAUCCUUGCAUUAUCGUCGCAUGGAUCUGAUGAGUACUUUGAUCCAGAAGACUGAACAAUACAAUAACGCCCUCAGCGCCUACAGCAAAGUCCUAAAGACGCUCCCGCGCGCCUCGGAACAGGAUAUCACGGGCUAUCGCAACUGGAUGAGAGAGAACAAGCCCGUCGCUGGGGUCGAGACACGGUUUCUUACCCACAACGCGGAUUUAGUCUCCCUCACUCCGCGACUAGCUGCUUCUGCCGCCGCAGCACCCGUCUACAUCGCCAUUAUCAUCGCAUCUGGUGCGCUCCUACUGCCAUUAUUGGCGUUCAGCCUGAUUGCGGAGUUUUCCGGUCGCCUUGUCGUUGUGACAGUCGUUGGCGGCGCCGCGGCCGCUAUCGCUGCGAAUUAUUCGGCUGGUAUAGAUACCCUGGUCGACUCGAGGGAUGGAUGGCGCUGUGCUACGAUAUACUUCGGUUUCAUGACUUUGGCAGCCAUGUUCAUUCCAUAG